UUUGUUACGAUGAUAACCACUGUAAAAUUCUUUCCGCGGUUUAUUACAAGCACGAUACUUCUUUUAAUAUUAUUACAAAUGGCUAAUUCGACAAGAAAUGAAGUUCAAACUGUAAGAAAUUUAAAAGAUAAUCCUAUAAAAGACUUAUUAAUACACGGAGAUCAAACAGAUAACGCUGGAGAAACGCACAUUAUAGUUAAGAGGCAAUCAGACAGAUAUCGCUACCCUCCGCGUCCAUUACCUAUAUUAUUUGGAGGAGGUGGAAUUGGAGGAGUUGUAGUCGGAAGAGGAUAUGGUGCAAGGGGAGCUCUUGGUAGAGGAUUUGGGGCCAGAUCUGUUGGAGGUAGAGGUUUUGGCGCAAGAGGAUUGGGCGGCCGAGGAAUAGGUGGAUUCGGAGGAAGAGGUCGAGGAUAAUAAACUA